CAGCAGGUGACGAGACAAAGAGUGAGAAUGAGGAGGGGAAUCCACAGCAGGAAGGUCCUGAGAAAAUAGAACUUCAGGGGAGGUUUUUGAGCAGAGCUGAAGGGAAUUUUUCCCAGUGCUUGGAACAGAGAAAAGCCUGGAGUAAUUGGCACAGGUCAAAGAUGGACCUGGGAAACCACCAAAGGAAGAAAGUGGAUGAAUCCAUUGAAUAUGGGGGAGGAGGCAAGAAUCCCAAGGAAACCACAGCCCAGCAGACAAAUCCCAAGGAAAAGAAACCCUAUACAUGCUUGGAUUGUGGGAAAAGCUUCAGUCAUCGCUCAGUUCUUACUGACCAUGGGAGAAUCCAUACAGAAGAGAGACCCUAUAAAUGCUUGGAUUGUGGGAAAAGCUUUAAUUGGAGCUCAAAUCUUACUACCCAUCGGAGACUGCACAUGGGAGAGAGAUCAUAUGAGUGCCUGGAGUGUGAGAAAAGCUUCAAUCAGCGCUCAGGCCUUAUUAGCCGUAGCAGAAUCCACACAGGAGAGGGACCAUAUAAAUGCCUGGAGUGGGGAAAAGUUUCAGUGUACCAUCAACCCUUAUUACACAUCAGAGGACCCACAUGGGAGAGAAACUUUAUAAAUGCUUGGACUGUGGGAAAAGCUUCAGUCAGCGCUCAGUUCUUAUAACCCAUGGGAGAAUACACACAGGAGAGGGACCAUAUAAAUGCACUGACUGUAGGAAAAGUUUCAGUGUACAAUCAGCCCUAAUUAUACAUCAGAGAACCCAUACAGGGGAGAAACCCUAUAAGUGCUUAGACUGUGGGAAAAGCUUCAGUCAGCGCUCAGGCCUUAUUAGCCACAGGAGAAUCCACACAGGAGAGGGACCAUAUAAAUGUUUGGAUUGUGGGAAAAGCUUCAGUCGGCACUCAAUCCUUAUUAACCAUGGGAGAACGCACACGGGAGAGGGACCAUAUAAAUGCCUUGAGUGUGGGAAAAGUUUCAGUGCACCAUCAGCCCUUACUGUACAUCAGAGAAUGCACACGGGAGAAAAACCUUAUAAAUGCUUGGACUGUGGGAAAAGCUUCAGUCAGCGCUCAGUCCUUAUUAAUCAUGGAAGAAUCCACACAGGAGAGAGACCCUAUAAAUGCUUGGACUGUGGGAAAAGCUUCAGUCGGAGCUCAAAUCUUGUUACCCAUCAGAAACUGCACACGGGAGAGAGACUCUAUAAAUGCUUAGAGUGUGGCAAAAGUUUCAAUCGGAGUUCAAAUCUUGUUGCCCAUCGGGGACUGCACACGGGAGAGAGACCAUAUAAAUGCUUGGACUGUGGGAAAAGCUUCAGUCAGCGCUCAGGCCUUAUUAACCAUAGGAGAAUCCACACUGGAGAGAGAUCCUAUAAAUGCUUGGACUGUGGGAGAAGCUUCAAUCGGAGGUCAACUCUUCUCACCGGAGACUACAUGUGGGAGAGAGACCAUAAAAAUACCUUGAGUGUGGGCAAAGCUUCAGUCAGAGCUCAAAACUCAGUUCACAUCAGAGAAGCCACACAGGAGAGAAAUCCUGUAAGUGCCUCCACUGUGGGAAAAGUUUCAGUUAGAGCUCAAACUAGGGCUGUCAAUUAAUCGCAGUUAACUCACAUAAUUAAGUCAAAACAAAUUAACUUGAUUAAAAAAAUCAUGAUUAAUUGCAGUUUCAAUCGCAUUGUUAAACUAUAAUAGAAUAUCUAUUUAAAUUUAUUAUGAAUAUUUUUGGAUUUUUUCUACAUUUUCAAAUAGAUUUAAAUUACAACAGAGAAUACAAAGUGUACAGGGAUCACUUAAUAUUAUUAUUUUUUAUUACAAAUAUUUGUACCGGAAAAAAGAAAACAAAAGAAAUAGUAUUUUUCAAUUCACCUAAUACAAGUACUGUAGUGGAAUCUCUUUAUCAUAAAGUGUAACUUAGAAAUGUACAUUUUUUUUUGUUACAUAACU